AGCUAUGGGAAGGCAAUUGGAUCUGAUUUGCGGAUUGGGUGAGCAAGAGAGUUCUUUGAAGCCGCCACUUAGAUCUGGGAUAGACCCAAGAGUGGCCAUCUUUGCUAGUGCAGCACUACCAGUGAAUAGGCCUUCGGAGGGGUCCGAGAACAGCAUCGAGGUACCAAGGCAGCAUCAAACCGGAUGCGGAUGCAAGCACCCGUGCAAAUGCAACCCAUGCCACUGUAAUGGGUUUGCGAUAGACCCAAACGCAGUGCCUCUCGUUGCUAGUGUUGCACCACCGGUACUGAUGAUGCCCUCAGAGGGGUCCAAGAAGAGCAUCAAAGCAAAGAGGGAGGGCAUCCAUCCAAAACUCUAGAAGAGCUAGCAUCGAAGCAGAGAGGAAGGGCAUCCAUCCAAAACUCGUAAUGGCUGUGGAUGAAUGCCAACCAUGCCAAUGUUGAGCGAUCAUGGAUAUCCUGCAGCCAGCAAAAAUAAGAAAGAACUAAUAUUUGUUCUGCUUGUGUUUCUCUUUGUGUUUUGUGAUGGAGUCUAUUUAAUUAGUAUAAGAAAGGACGAAUGUCAUGCCCGUUUAGUUGUACUCAUAGAGAAUAAGUUAUGAUUUAUCACAGGAAAGAGUAAUGGCUCUUGUAAUGAUUUUCAUUUGAGGUUUCGGAAGUUGAGAAUUCAGUUGGUAGUUAUGUGAGCAGAUUGCAUACAUUGAAAUAGUUAUAGAAGUUGAUUACAUGUACUGAAAGGAUUUGUUGUUGCAGUUGCUCUGGUGC